AUGGCUCCAAGGUCGGCAUUAGUGCUCAUCGAUGUCUACAAUGAUUUCCUUCACCCCAAUGGUAAAGCAACUGGAGCAUUAUCUGAGUCUCUGAAAGACUCCAACACAAUCAAGCACCUUGAAGAAGCUCUCCAGUCUGCUCGCAAGCAUAACGUCCCGAUCUAUUACUCCCUGCACCAACAAUAUCACGACGGCAAGUACGCAGGAUUUGAACGCUGGAAUGCCAUGUUGGAGAGCAUACAGCAGACUCGGGGCUUUGAAUUGGGCAGUUGGGGAGCCGAGGUUUAUGCAAGCCUCGAGCCCAAAUCUGAGAAGGGAGAUACUGUGAUAUCAAAACAUUGGAAUCAAAGGUUAGUGCUCAAAGCAUGUCAAUAA